AUGUCCCGCUCCCGCAAGCAAGAGCCGGAGGCGCUUUUUACUGCAAUGUUUCACUUUCAUGCUGUCAACUGGGCUACGGUUUCUCUCCAUUUUGCCGGAAGAUUGCUGUCCUUGAAGAAAUAUGACUUGGGGUAUUCUACUUGUCUUGACUACCGAACAGAGCUGAACAACGUUUCUGUCCAGGCUGGAUUCAAGCUUGAGUUCCAGGAUGUGUUUGAAGGACCCCAGCAUAAUGGAACAUGGACCUCGACUGCUUUCAUUGAUGGCGUUGCCAGUGGUCAAGGAAGUGCCAAAAGCGUUCGCCCAGCUAGGGAAGAGGCUUCUCGCCAGACUCUCAUCCUCUUGGGCCGCGCCUGA